AUCCUGCAUAUUAUUCAUACAAAGCUGUGAAAACAAAAAAUGUGAAAGAAUAUGAGCUGCCCAUUUAGUCUCAUCUAUCUACUUGAGCUAAGAAGCACACUCUUCAUGGUAUCAAAAUGAGACACUUUUAAAAGUUCUAUAAAGUCUUGGCAAUCCUGUUCGAUGGAUGAUGUACUGGAUUGUUUUUGCUCUCUAUACUGUGAUUGAAACAGUGGCAGACCAAACAGUUGCUUGGUUCCCCCUGUACUAUGAGCUUAAGAUUGCUUUUGUCAUAUGGCUUCUCUCUCCCUAUACCAAAGGAGCAAGUUUAAUAUACAGAAAAUUUCUUCAUCCACUGCUUUCUUCAAAGGAGAGGGAGAUUGAUGAUUACAUUGUACAAGCAAAGGAACGAGGCUAUGAGACUAUGGUAAACUUUGGACGGCAAGGUUUAAACUUAGCAGCUACUGCUGCCGUCACUGCAGCAGUGAAGAGCCAAGGAGCAAUAACUGAACGUUUAAGAAGUUUCAGUAUGCAUGAUCUAACAACUAUUCAAGGUGACGAGCCUGUGGGACAAAGACCAUUCCAACCUCUACCAGAAGCAAAAAAGAAAAGUAAACCAGCACCCAGUGAAUCAGCAGGGUAUGGAAUUCCACUGAAAGAUGGAGAUGAGAAAACAGAUGAAGAAGAGAAUGGGCCAUACUCAGAAGAUGAGAUGUUAACACACAAAGGACUUCGAAGAUCGCAAAGCAUGAAGUCUGUGAAAACUGUCAAAGGCCGCAAAGAGGUGCGGUAUGGGUCACUAAAAUACAAAGUGAAGAAGAGACCACAGGUGUAUUUUUAGCCAUCUGCAUUUCAGGUGUCCCAAGACAAAUUAUACUAAUACAUCAACUUCAUUUUCUAACAUUAUAUAUUCAGGAUUUAUACAUUAAAAUAAUUCUUUAAUUCUUUAAAUUAUGGUGGUGAUAGGGUUUACUUUCAUCAGUUUAAAUAGUUUUUAUUUCGUUAACAAUUACUUCCAAAUCUUGACUACUAAAGGUAGUUAUGUAAAGUUUAUUAAUAUUUAUAUAAAAAAUUAUCAAAAUUCAUGUUGUCUCUUUUAAAUUCACCAACAACGUUGAGUGCCUGGAAUAUAAGAUGAAAAGCAAGCCCACAGUAUACUUGAAAAGAGUGUUUUUGUGGUUCAGGAUACAUCAGCCUUUAUGGUAUUGUCUUGUGUUUACCUCUAUUUAUGUUAUAUACAUCACAUGAGGAUAGUAAUUAAAUAGACCUCUAACCCAUCAGUAAUAUAACAAGGUAAUAGUGUAAGAUGAUAAAGUAUGUUUUAAAUAUUCUUUAAAUUUUUACCUUUAUAAUACUUUCUAGUUUUUCCACCAUCAACGAAAAGUUUUUAAACAAAUAUUUCAAAACCAGGUAUCCACGUUGCACUUUUAUUCUUGAAUAGUUUUGCACACUUGAAAAUUGUUUACUUAUAUUACGGCUGUACAUUUAUUUUAAAUUUUACUGACACUACCAUUUUGUUGUUUAUCACAGUCUGGCAUGUCACAUUUAUGCCUUGAAUUACAUCAUCUCUUUUCCUGUGGGUUUCAUUUGUUAAAUUUGUUUGAUUUUAGUAAUAUAAAAAUAUAGCUAAUGGUUAAAUUUUAACUGUUUCUAAUUACCUUCUUUACAAAUAAGAAAUUAUUUUAAACAUUAACCAAUUUUCCAUAUUUAGCUGUACAUUAUAGUUGGAUUUAGCAUGUUUUUAUUAACAUUGGUUACAUUUUCAGCUUUUAAAUGGUAGCUUGUGAAAUAGAGUCAGACACAGGUAUAGAUAGCACUUAGGUUUCUUCUAGCUCAUGAAAUUGUCCAACAGCCAGUCUACUUCACAAGCUUGGCAUUAGAUCUGCUACUGGUUUACACAUCUGACAUUGACUAGAAUCAUUUGAAUCACUUCUCUCCUGGCUGAAAUAAUUUCCUGAAGAUGAGUGCCAAUGCAAAAUACAUAUUAGAAACAAUUAGAAAAUUAUAAUUUUUUUUAAUCCAAGGGAUUUUGAGUUAUUGAUCUUUGAGACUCUUAGGUUACAUUGAUAACUAUGCGUUAUGAACCUCAAGUCAAUAUGUUUUUGGUGGUGGCUUUAGUGGUCAGUAAUCAAAUUUAUACAAUUAUGCUUACUCAGAUAAUUUACUUAACUAUUGUUUGUCCAAAAGGAAAAAAAAAUUUAGAUUUGUGGGAUCUUGGCUCUUUCUGCCUUUUAAGAAAUGAAGCCAGCUGGUGAUGUAUGUUCAGGACCUCUUCAGAGUAUUAACUAAGAAGAGAAUGUUUACUCAGGAGUACCUUAGUAUAGAAUCGACUUGAUAGCAACUGUUUAUUUUUUAUUUUAUUUAGUAUAAUUCAUACACUGCCUCUUGAUACUAGCUUUAAAAUAUUUUCUAGCUUAUCUCAUUGAUACGGAACACCAAGUAAAAAUUUAUUCAACUUCUUUUCACCUAAAGUUUUAACUCUAUGAAUAUCUUUAUCAACUUUACCUUGGCUAAUUUUUAGCCCCUUAGUUUCUGGAAAAACUCUUUAAUUUCUGUUCAAAAUUCCUAUAGCAAGUUUUCAUUAUAAACUCUUGGAAAAGAGUUUUAUUUAUAUUGCCUAGAUCUAGUCUUCUCAGUAGGAGUCCUGGGUGGUGCAAAUAGGUAAUGCACUUGGCUGCUGACCAGAAAGGUUGGAAGUUCAAGUCCACCCAGAGGCACCUCAGAAGAAAGACCUGGGGAUCUACUUCCAAAAAAUCAGCCAUUGAAAAACCCUAUGGAGUACAGUUCUACUCUGACACACAUGGGAUCACCGUGAGUCAUAGACUACUUGAUAGCAACUGGUUUUAGACUUCUCAGUAUAAAUGCUAGCAUGCUGUCUUUUCUACAAAAAGACAUUGUCCUCUCAAAUUGCAUAAUAAGGUCAUGAGAGUGACUUUGUAUCAAGAACACUGUCUGCGGGGGGCUGAUUUACACCGUUGUAUCUUUUUCAAGUCUAAUCUCAGUAUCAAACCUUUAAUUAUAGUAAACUCAUAAAUACUAUUUUCAUUUGGAGCAAUUAUUGCUCUGCACUACAAGAAUCAAAAUAUUUAAUCAAACAUAACACCAGUCAGGAAGAGGUAGUGCAACUCUUGUUUUUUGUGCUCCUUCACAUUUCACAGUGCUUCCUGAUACAUGUUUUGUGGCAUCCUUAUACACAUUUGAUGUCAUUUUGGUAUUCUAUCAUUUCCUCUUUCUCCUCUUCUUACAUUGCUUAAAUUUUGGUUCUUUUCCCAUAUGUGUAUUUUAGCAUGUCAUUUCCUUUGUCCUUUGUAUAAUAGGCUUAAUUAUACACUUUAUUUUCUUCUAAGAUAGGGCAGCUCUUUUGCCUUUCUCUGUUUUUAAGUCUUCUGGUUUUAAAAGAAGUAAAGUUAUUCCUAGAGCCACAGUGCCUUGCUUUCCCCCCACCAUUGCUUGCAUGGGCAUCACAUCUACAAGCCUAUUUAUACUAUUUGGUAGCCAGUUAAUGUAUCUAGAAACUGUAACUGGUGUUUUGUUUUAUUAUAUGUUCAUUCAGCUUAUUCAUUAACAUUGGCUAUUUCCAGAGUCUCUUUAGAAGUAAAAAUUGAUCUAUUCUUUACCGUAUUUAUUCUGGUAUAAAAACGAGCCAGAAGUGAGCCUUAAUGCUAAGUAAGUAAUUACGGAAACCCACCUAGGUCCUGCAUAAGGUCCCCUCCAUACACUUCUCUAUAUUUGUGGAUUUUGGCAUGAAAGUGAUACUGCCAGCGUUUUUCAUAAUAAGUACUUGACUACACUGAUUGGUGGAACAAAAUUAUUAUCAAAGUGUUUUCAGGGAACUUAAUCCGUAUGUCACCACCAAAGAUUUCUGCAGUAUUAUAAUGUAAAUAUUCCAAAUUUCUGUAAAACCUUGAUUAGAUAAAAUGUGUUUUUCUACCUUUUUUUUUUCUGAAAUAGCAGUUUGUGCUUUUGGAAAAUGCCUGAACUUUUGUGUUGUUAAAAAAAAUAAUACUGUCUUAUAUUGAAUAUCAGUAAUUUAUAUUUUUGAUUGGAAUAGACUAAAUUUUCAUUUCAGUUAUCUUUUAUCAGGAAAAUUAAGGAGUUAUUACGUAUUUGGAAGCAAUUUCCUGUGUUUUCUCCAUGUUAGUAGAUUCAUUUGUGAAGCAAUUAGGUAAAUUUUGAGAUGAUGGUUGUUAUGGUGGGAUCAGUGUGUAUUUCUUACUGCAUAUCAGAUAAGAUUAAAGCUUUCUGAAAAGAAAGUACAGCUCUUUUCACUAAAUGUUUUUAAGAUUUAAUCUUGUACUAGUAUUUUGCAGAUUUAAUGUAUAUUAACUCUUUUUUUUAAAUACUGACCAUGACUUAACAUUUUCUCUUCUAACACCUUUUAAAUCUGUUUACUUUAACAAUUAAGAAAAAACAGUUUUACAAAUUGUUAAUCCCUUUGUAAAGGUGAUCUUUAAACCCAGGAUGUGGGUAAUUUUACAAGUGUGGUUUUUGAAAACUUUAAUAUGAAAAUAAACUCAUUUUAUUAGUGACAGCUUGUUUUUUUUUUCUUGUGUCAGAGUAUGUGUGUUUGCAUUCCAUGAAUUGAUAUUAUUUAUUAUUGAAUAUAUCUUCAUUAGUUAAUGGACAACAUAUGCACAAAUUACAGAGCAAAUUAUAAGAAUCAGAUACAUUCUGGAAUGCUCAUCCAUAGGAUUACAGAAGAAGCACUGAAUUGUUAAAUUUCAGUGUUAGAAAGGAAAGACAGGAACAGCAAUAAGCAAAGACACCCUAGCCAUCAAUUUGAAUUGGUUAACUGUGUCAGGCAUAAAAUAUAAAACAAAAUUCAGAUUUACCUAUCCUAGAAAUGUUCUGGGCUUCCAUCUGUUUUAAAGUCAGACAUUUGUCUGCCUCACAUUUAAGCUUUAGAGAGAAAUCCUAUCUUUACAAAAGUUGCUUUGUAUUACUUCAUUAUGAUAUGUAAUGUGUGUUAAAAUAUUUCCAGGCAGUGUUUAAAAUGGAUUUAUAUUUUCAUUUGUUUUAUGCAGUAUAUCCUUAUGAUGAUCCAUAAAGGUUAGAAAUUUAAAUAAAAA